AAGAAAAGUGGAGUCUUUAAGCAGAGCUCAGACAGACACAGCCUCUAACAGCAGUCUUUUGCACUCUCUCUCUCCCUCUCCCUCUCUGUCUUUCUGUUUUUCUGUUUUACUGUCUGUGUCUCCCCUCUAUUUCCCUCCACCUUCCCUACCUACCUCUCACUGUUCCUCCAAAUCUUCCUGGUUUUACAGGACAUAUUGCCGUUGCCUUACCAUGACUGCUGUGGCUUUAGACUCCUCGCAGUAAUCACUGAAAGGUUAUGCUGCCCAGACGCUCCACGCUGAGUCUGAGUGAAAAAGAGAAGGGCUAGUAGAGACUGCUCUCCACUCCACAGAAAACACCUCCUUCAAGCAGAGACGACACCCUCUCAAGGGUAGGAUGACUGACCCACAAGAUGUCAACAAUACCAAGACUGUGCCGGCCUCGUGCCCACCUCGCUCACGGCAGAGGGACGAUGACGAGGAGCGUGACCUGAAUAAGACCCUGGGUGUUGAGCGCUUCCAGCAGAUCCUAAAGCCUCCACCCCGCCUCCCAUCCGAGCAGCACCGCAACUUCAAUGAAGAGGACUUUGAGUACCACCGGCACUCCUCUAUGCACACCCACCACCCGCUGUCCAAGCACCUGCCCUCCGAUGGCCGCCGCAAGAAGGGCAAGCAGAAGAGGAAGGGCUCCAGCUCUGGCCACCGCAAGGGGUCCACCGCCAGCUCCAACGCCGCCCCCACCAUCGAGGAGGACGAGGAGGAUGAGGAGGGGCCGGGGGAGGACGAGCCCCUCAGCCCACAGGACCAGGAUGCCAACGCCAACACCAUCAGCGCCACCACCACCACCCCCACGCCCACGCCAACCACACCCACCACCACGGAUACGGAGACGGACGGCCACACAGAGGAAGUGCAGUUCUUUGUGUCUGAUGAGGACCCAACCAGCAAGUCCGAAAGCAGUGCCUCCCAAAGCAAGUCGGACAGCAGUGCUUCACCUCGGCCAAUCACCAUCCUCCCCGAGUCUGCUGUGGGCCACAGGGCCAGUGAUGUGCCACAGGACGAAUCCACAACUGAUGACGUGGAGCGUGGUGGACCAAAGGGCAGGAACGGGGGUCCUCCUCACCCCUGCGUGUUCCCCCUCAGCUCCCCAGAGUCGCCCCCCAGCCCUGCUGUCAUGGCAACCGCCUCCUCCUACUCCUCCCACCAUCGGGGCUCCAGGCCCAGCCUGUCGUCGGCACCUGGUGCUGGUAGCCGUAGCUACGACCUGCAGGACCGCCGUCGCUCCGGGAACCAGACGGCGCCAGGCAGCGCCCUGUUCCAGUGCGUCCCCACGGACGAGAGCGAGGCCCAGAUGCUGGCUACUGUGGAUCUGGAUGGCAUCAAGAGUCACCGCUUUGAGGAUGUGCCGGGUGUGCGGCGUCACCUGGUCAGGAAGAGCACCAAAGGUCAGAUUGUCCACAUCAGCAAAGACCAUAAGGAGCCCAGCGGUCGCAGUCGCAAGCUCGACCGCACCCCGCAUGAGCCAUGGAUAAGUCGGUCUCAAAGGAAGAGCUUGGAGCAGUGGUUCUGUAAUAAAAAGGUGUUUGUGGAGCUGAAUGAGCUGCUGAUGGAUAAGAACAGCCAGGAGAUGCAGUGGAGAGAGACGGCGCGCUGGAUCAAGUUUGAGGAGGACGUGGAGGAGGAGACGGACCGCUGGGGCAAGCCACACGUCGCCUCCCUCUCCUUCCGCAGCCUGCUGGAGCUACGCAAGACCAUCUCACACGGCGCCGUGCUGCUGGACCUGGACCAGAAGACGUUGCCGGGUAUCGCCCACCAGGUGGUGGAGCAGAUGAUCAUCUCCGACCAGAUCACGGCUGAGGACCGCGCCAACGUCCUGCGGGCACUGCUGCUCAAACACAGUCACCCGAGUGACGGCAAGGAGCACCACUUUCCCAGGAAUAUGUCAGCAGGCUCCCUCGGGUCCCUCAUGGUUCAUCACCAUAGCAACAACCACCUCCCUGAACCCAGUGCCACAGACCCCCUCAUAGGGGCCGGCAAGACCACCUUAGACCACCAUGACACCCACAUCGACAUGGACAAGAAUGAGCAGAAGGAGGGCCCGCUAUAUCUGGGGAUGCACAAGUCCAAGUCUAAACACGAGCUCAAACUGCUGGAAAAGAUUCCUGAGAAUGCUGAGGCCACUGUUGUACUUGUCGGGAGCGUGGAUUUCCUGGAGCAGCCCUCCAUGGCAUUUGUGCGUCUGCAGGAGGCUGUGCUCUUAGAGGCCGUGCUGGAGGUCCCCAUCCCCGUACGCUUCCUCUUCGUGCUGCUCGGGCCGCCCAGCGCCAACAUGGACUACCACCAGAUCGGACGCUCCAUCUCCACGCUCAUGUCGGACAAGCAUUUCCACGAGGCAGCGUACCUGGCGGAUGAGCGGCAGGACCUGUUGAAUGCCAUCAACAGCUUCCUGGACUGCAGCAUCGUGCUGCCCCCCCUGGAGGUGGACGGGGACGAGCUGCUGCACUCGGUGGCGCGCUUCCAGAAGGAGAUGCUCCGCAAGAGGCAGGAGCAGGAGGGCAAGCUGCUGGCCAAGGAGUUCAAGAGCCCUGAUGAAGCUCUCGUCCCACUCUACAAGCCUGGAGAUGACCCGUUACAGAGGACGGGUCGCCUGUUUGGGGGUGUGAUUCGGGAUGUGCAGCGGCGCUACCCCAAGUACAUCAGUGACUUCAAAGAUGCUCUCAAUCCCCAGUGUAUGGCUGCCAUCAUCUUCAUCUACUUUGCUGCUUUGUCUCCCGCCAUUACAUUUGGAGGACUUCUGGGUGAAAAGACAGGGGGUCUGAUGGGCGUGUCUGAGCUCAUCAUCGCCACGGCGAUGCAUGGGGUGGUGUUCUGUCUGCUGAGUGCCCAGCCGCUGCUGAUAGUAGGGUUCUCUGGCCCCCUGCUGGUGUUUGAGGAGGCCUUCUACUCAUUCUGUAAAGAAAACCAAAUGGAGUACCUCACAGGGAGAGUCUGGAUUGGGUUCUGGCUCAUAAUCAUUGUGGUUCUAAUGGUGGCCUUCGAAGGCAGUUUCCUGGUCCGCUUUGUAUCGCGCUUCACCCAGGAGAUCUUCGCCUUCCUCAUCUCACUCAUCUUCAUCUACGAGACCUUCUCAAAGCUCAUUAAGAUAUUCCAAGAUCACCCCCUAAAACGCUGCUACACUAACAGUUCUGCAGAGAACACUACAUCACUACACAACAUCAGUACCAUCAACAUCAUCACAUCUAGCCCGACGAAAGUACUGGAUGAGCCCAACACCGCCCUCAUGUCUUUUGUCCUUAUGACUGGCACUUUCUUCAUAGCCUUCUACUUGCGCAAGUUCAAGAACAGUGCCUUCUUUCCGGGCAGGCUCCGCAGGGUCAUUGGAGAUUUUGGGGUUCCAAUAUCCAUCCUGAUCAUGGUCCUCGUGGACUACAGCGUAGAUGACACCUACACACAGAAGCUGAGCGUGCCCAGUGGCUUCUCUGUGACCAGUCCGGCAAAGCGCGGCUGGGUGAUCAACCCUUUGGGCUCGGACGGUCAGUUCCCCAUCUGGAUGAUGGCGGCAAGCAUCCUGCCCGCUCUGCUGGUCUUCAUCCUCAUCUUCAUGGAGACUCAGAUUACCACGCUGAUAGUUUGCAAGAAGGAGCGGAAGCUGGUUAAGGGUUCCGGGUUUCACGUGGACCUGUUGAUCAUCGUGGCCCUGGGUGGAGUGCUGUCUAUAUUCGGCCUGCCAUGGUUGGCUGCCGCCACCGUGCGCUCUGUCACCCAUACCAACGCACUCACGGUCAUGAGCAAGGCGGUCGCCCCGGGCGACAAGCCGCGCAUACAGGAAGUGAAGGAGCAGCGGGUGACUGGAUUCUUUGUAGCGUUGUUUGUGGGCCUUUCCAUCGUCAUUGGAGAUCUCUUGCGUCAGAUUCCCUUAGCUGUGCUGUUUGGCAUAUUCCUGUAUAUGGGUGUGAUGUCACUCAAUGGGAUCCAGCUGACAGAACGGAUGCUACUGCUGCUGAUGCCCCCAAAGUAUCACCCCGACCACACCUACGUGCGAAAGGUGAAAACGCUACGCAUGCACCUGUUCACCGGGGUCCAAAUGGUGUGUUUGAUCUUGCUGUGGGCCGUCAUGUCAACUGCUGCUUCUCUCGCCUUCCCAUUCGUCCUGAUCCUGACUGUGCCAGUGAAGAUGUUCCUCCUGCCACGGAUAUUUACCCCACGAGAGAUGCAAUGUCUGGAUGCAGACGAUGCAGAGCCCACAUUUGAUGAGAAGGAGGGGCAGGACGAGUACACGGAGAUGCACAUGCCCGUGUGAAAGCGCUCACAUUGGCCUAAAGACCUGGUCACCUAACACUGAUUCACUGAUGUCAAACCCACUGGCAGGGACCAUCAUUUCAAGUAACCAAACAUGGAUAGAUUCAACUGUGUAAUCGGACCUACUAAGCUCCUUUGAAUUGACUAAGAGAAUUCAGUCCAACACCUAGAUGGUCAUUUCUACCUGUGGGACCAUUGCUGACUGCUGUGUGUUGGUUAAUGUAUACCUUCUUCCUUGUGGAAGCUGUAUGUGAAAUUGUUCAUGUCUGCAUUUGUAGUUACACAGACAAUGUAUGCUUUUUAGUGUUAAACACUGUUGCCAUUCUGACAGAUUUUUAGAGUGCUGCAUAAGCAUAUUGCAAAGGGUGUUAUUGGUCUGGCCACAUUUGAAGGUCCUGACAUGGAAAUAUAGCACUUUACGCACAGGGUCAGUAGCUAGCUAGCGUCACUUUAUUCAGCAGUACAGUUUACCAUAUUACAAUUUGAGGAAAUACAUCUCUAUGUUUUGUGCAGCUGAAGAUGUUCGGUUCACCUCAUCACAACAAUAUCAGUACAACAUUCAUGAUGUGUUCUUGUAAGCAUUAAUGUUCUUCGAUUGUAAAUGAACAAUACCAAAGCAUCUUUCUGUGAUCCCAGUGUAAUUUUCACAGAGUAUUCUGUUACAUAAUGCUGAACUGCUAAGACAUUCUACUUACAAUUUCAGGUCUGCGGUAAGCCACUGACCUUUCAUAAAUACAAACAAAAGUACAUCAUAUACAAUGAAUUACAAAUGAUAAUAGUCACUUCGGGUGAAGGUGUUUGUGCUUAUUUGAGGCAUAUAAUGUAUUAAUGUGACAGCUUGUCAUACAGUUAAAUGUUAGUCAUUGACUACAGCUUUGCUUACAUCACUUGGCUAAGAUGCCAUAUAUGCAAUUUCUUUCUUGUGCUUUUGUAAUACUGGCAAUGCCAUUAAAACAUAGUUUUGAUUUGGGGUUUCUUUAAAUAUCAGUGAGGGAUGAAGGUGGGUAUGUCAGAAUGGAUGAAAAAAAGAUACUUCACAGUUAACUGCUUUGAAAAACAAUUCCACAUACUGUCUAGCAGUGCACUGUGGGUUAACCAUUUAAUUUGUUUUGAUAAGCAUAUUAGUAAUUCCCAGUUAUUGGAUGGAGUGAUAUGAUCUGGGAAUUUAUAUUACACAAGACUUCACAGUAUGGAAUCAAGACAAACUGACCCUGAAAACGAACACUGAGGCGGUGCAGCACGUGGUUCUGUUGUUAUAGUGUACACCCACUUUUUGUUGUUCUUUCUGCGGCACAUCACUGUAUAGCAGAGGUCUAAUAAAUUACCGUAGAUGUGAAUUCAUGAUGUUAGUACAGCAAUAGAUAUUGCAUAGUUGUUACACCAGUUAUUCUACAGUAUCUAAUGAGGGGGUUACACUUUUCUUUAACUUCUACUUUAUACAACUCUGGCGUGCGUUUCUCAAAACCGUAGUUGUUAGCCAGUCUUGCCAGUUACCAACUUGGGUAGUUGUCAAUGGGAAAUUGCAUUGCAAACAACAAAGUAGCUAACGUAGUUAGCAACUAUGGCUCCAAGAAAUGCAACUCUGCUGCUUCAUAACACACUGGUGUCUGGAUGGCCUCCUGAAGGCUCAAUCAUCAGCACUGGAAACAUCUGAAGACUGUGGCUUGAUGAGCAUCCUUAGAAGGGAAUAUCUCUUUCAAGCGGUCAAGCUUGUUGGGGGAAAAAAACCUUGACUACAGAGACCUUUGGUGGUAUAUACUGUAUCUCUGCAGUGGGAUGUUAUCAAUGCAUUUCGCAGACAAACAAUUGUAACCACUUUAUUUCAUGUCUGACUAGAUACAGACCUGUAGCUACUGGCUGCAUGUUGUGCAAUGGUGGCCAUUGAGGUCCAGACAGGUCCUCGCAUCCACCAUAGGCCAUGGACUUUGCAUUUUGGUGCAUUUAAAAAAAAAAAAAUCAACAACACAGAAAUGGCAACCAGUGUUCAGUUUCAGAGAAACCCAGUGCCCACCAAUUCAUGGUUGAACACUGCCGAUAUGUUGUGAGGCUUGAGCAAAACACUCAAAUAGAACAAAUCAGUAAAUCCACAAUCUCUGUAGAUGUCUUCCUUCCUGUGGUUAGAAAUGCAUUGUGGGGGUGGGGGCAUUGCAUUGAACAACACUAUUUUCCUUGUUUGUAAUUUGGUUUUAAAAUAGAAUUUAGAAAAAAUAUAUAUUUUUAUUGUUGUUACAAUUUCAGGUUUCUCGGCUCAGUGAUCUCACAGACAUCUUGUACUUGUCAAAAUGGUGAAAACCUAAAAUCUGACAAAAUACGUGUGAGCUCAUUUUGUUUUUAUUCAUGCUAUGCAUUUCCUAAUGUAAAGACCUAAUGCAGGGAUGUAGAAUGAAAGAGAAAAACUAUUUUAGGAUCUCCACAUAUUAAUUUUUAUUUUAUUAGGUGUUGGGUUAUCGGUAAUGCUCAAGUCACAAACUAGACUUACAUUCCUACUCUUUUAACAAGACAAUCAUUUCCUAUUUUAUUGUGAGUUACUCAAUUAUAUUUUAUUUACAUCAAGGCCUUAAGCUGAAAUAUUUUUAUAUAUUCAUUAAUAAAUGUAUAAAGAAAAAUAUAACUACCCGUCUCCCUCCUGCUUUAUGGGCUGAAGCUUUUAUUUUGCUGUUUUUAUUUUAUGGUUGGUCUAAUGAGGUCAUAGCACAGUAUGCCUACAUCUAGGCUAUAUUAGUGCAUAACAUGGGCCAAUUGAUAUUCAUGGAAAUGACUGGUUGUGGGUACUGCUACUGUGUUUAAUCUGUUUUAUAUUAAAAUGAGAUGCCACAUA